CUUUUCUUUUCCUCAGCUAUUAUUCUACAUACAAAAUAUCAUUUAAUCACCUUUUCUUUUUAUUUGCUUUCUCUGCAUUACCAACUACUAUACACAAUAAAUGGGUUUUUCUAGCGCUACCAGACGGCUCAAGAGCAUUCGCCUGAAGAAGGAGCGUAUGCCUAUUGGUAACCUUAUUGACUCUGCCGGCCAGACGCACUACCAAGAGCCCACCGACGCUGCCACCGCCAGGAACUCUGUCUCUCCGCCUGCUGUUCCCCCGGCUGGAUUUGAGAAUGUGCGCAGCCUCGGAGACACGAAGGCUGCUCUGGCUGACCCCAACGUUGCUUAUUUGCAGCAGCAGCAUCCCCCAGUUCUGCCGUCGCUCCCGUCCGACGUCAGCGGCCGAGUGGCCAUGGCCGGGUCGGCGACCCAGGAAGACAUUAUCGUCUACAGACUGAACUCGUGGAAGCAACUGGUCAAGGAGUUUUCCAAAUACUUUGAGGCUGUCGCGUCCGCCGAGAAGACAUUCAAGAAGGCGAUGGACAGGGCCAUGGAGGAGUUUGACGUCCCGCUGAAGAGCGACAACUGUUUCUCUGGAAUCGAGCGCAUGGGCAUUCAGCAGCUGGCCAUGAACCUGAGGGACGUUCACCGCAUGUAUGCCGCACAACAUGCAUUGCUUGCGCAGGAGAUUGAUAAUGACACACUGGAUCGUCUCGAGGCACUGCGCGUAGACAUCAAGGACAGUCUGAAAGUGUAUGUCGACCACCUGGACCCCAUUUACCGCCGGCUUCGUAAGCAGGCCAAAGAGGUCGAGGAGUACAAGGAGAAGCUUGUACAUGCAGUUGAGGCGUACAAAAAGAAGCACCGCACCCAUGACGCCUGGCUUAUCCAGCAGCAGGUCCGCCGCGAACUGACAAAGCAGGCUGAUCUGGAGAAUGCGCUGUACAAGGCUGUGCAGGCCGAGCGUGUGCGCCUAUCUCGCUGGGAGCAGUCUGGCAACCAGAGCAACCGGGAUGCCAUUAAGCACUGCCUCCAGUACAUAGAGAAGUUCGAUGCUCAUUCGGAGUCCCAGUCUUUCGACAUGCACUUUGGUCCCCGAGCCACGACAGUUUUGCUGGAGGGCGCGUUGGAGCGCGAAAAGGGGCUUAUCAAGAAGUUCCACCCGUCUUAUGUCGUGCUGACCAAACUGGGUUAUCUCCACUGCUUCUCGGAACAGAGCGAUCUUCUGGAAAAGAACCCAGAGAUGACCUUCCAUCUGGCCGAAUGCUCUGUUGUGCUGCUGGACGACACGCGGACGUUCCAGGUGGUUAUCAGCGACAAGGUGAUUGGCCGGUCAAAGUAUGUCUUCCGCGCCUCUGACCCGGUAUACGUCAACCACUGGAUCAACGCUAUCAUCUCGGUCACCUCCAAGCCGCUCUCGCCCGAGCAGCAUGUUAUCGGCGGCACUCUGCGCAACGCCCAGGAUGCUGUGGCUGCCUCUGCCACGGCAACCACCAACGCCCCUAAUGCUCUGCCAACGGCUGCGGGCGUGACGGUCGGAGAGCUUUCUGCUCGCCAUGCCGACGAAGAUGCAGCGGCUGCGACAGAGGAUGCGGUGGCGACAGCACAAGCGAGUGCGGCUGUGGCUCCGGUCAAGGGUGAGACAUUCCACCCUGCUCGCGAGCUUGUAUCCAAGGUUGCAACUGAGUCUCCUGUUGCCAAUGCAGGCAAGUCGUUGCCAGCGAACAGCAAGACAUCGGUACCCGGUGCCCCCACCGACGCUCCCAAGUCGGUUUCAAUACCUGCGCCUGAGCCCGCGACUACUGCAGCGCCUGUGGCGAUGAAUACCAAUGCUUGAAAGUUUUUUUUAUAUUUUCACAUAUUUUUCCACUAGCAAAUUUUUGUUCAAUAUAAUGUAUUCAA